AAUUCAACACACCUUUUGAGUGUAUUUUAUUUAUUUUUUCAAAAAUCUAUCAAAUACAAUUAUUUUAAAAGUUUUUCGAGAAUUUAAAGUAAUCAAAUUAAUAUGACAGAGAUUUUAGAACAUUUGAAGAUUGGUCCGAAAGAAGGAGUCACGUACCCAGUGACAAAUGUACAAUACUGUGGUAAUUGUUCGAUGCCAAUCGAGUACUGCGAAUAUUAUCCAGACUAUGAAAAAUGUAAGGCAUGGCUUGAAAAGAAUUUACCCGAUGAAUUUUCAAAAGUGAAAAUCGACGACGCAUCAACUGAUGAUGCUGGUGGCGAGGAUAAAAAGAAGAGCCAAAGACGUGGCGGCAAAGGAAUGUUAAAGGCAAAGAAAACAAAAGAAGAUGGCCCAAAAAAGGUGUGUGUAUCAAGAGCACCACGCGGCAAAAAGAAGAGUGUUACUGUUGUAACCGGUCUUAGCUCUUUUGAUAUCGAUCUGAAGGUGGCUGCCAAAUUCUUUGGUACGAAGUUUGCGUGUGGCUCAUCUGUGACUGGCGACGAUGAAAUCGUAAUACAAGGAGAUGUUAAAGACGACUUAUUUGACAUUAUACCGGAGAAAUGGCCAGAAAUCGAUGAAGACCUGAUUGACGAUUUAGGAGAUCAAAAACGAUAAACUCAAUUUCUUUCUUUUUAUUUACUUAUAUAAAAAUAAAUGGUAUAAAAUGA